UUCUGAUCUCUGUUAUCAAACAACAAAACAGAGCUGAGUGGAACACUCUCAGUGUUUGUAUUUUCUGUUUGCAGAAAAAUCCACACAGAUUCAUGGAGGGAGGAGAAGGGGAUGCCGGAAAUGGGGCUACUGCAGCUGCAGGAUCAAGUCCUCCGAGACCUGAGAUGGCAGCUCCGGCACCGGAAGGUGGCGGUCCGGUGAGUUCUGCGGCGGCGGUGGCGGGGAAGAAGAAGAGGGGAAGACCGAGGAAGUAUGGGCCGGACGGGAAGUUGAAUGCGGCGGCGCUGUCGCCGAAGCCGAUAUCGACGUCGGCACCUGCACGGUCGGCGGUGAUUGAUUUCUCGGCGGAGAAACGUGGGAAAGUGCGGCCGGCGAGUUCGUUGAGCAAAACCAAAUAUGAAACGGAGAAUUUAGGUGAAUGGGUACCUUGUUCAGUAGGAGCUAAUUUCACACCCCAUAUCAUCACUGUCAACACUGGUGAGGACGUUACGAUGAAGGUUCUCUCAUUUUCUCAACAAGGACCUCGAGCCAUUUGUAUUCUCUCUGCUAACGGUGUGAUUUCGAGCGUCACUCUUCGUCAACCCGAUUCUUCUGGAGGAACAUUAACAUAUGAGGGUCGUUUUGAGAUACUGUCGUUGUCGGGAUCGUUCAUGCCGAGCGAUAAUGCGGGAACAAAGAGUAGAACUGGUGGAAUGAGUGUCUCGUUAGCGAGUCCAGACGGACGCAUUGUUGGUGGCGGAGUUGUUGGUUUGUUAGUAGCUGCAAGUCCGGUUCAAGUGGUAGUAGGAAGCUUUAUAUUUGGGAACCAACACGAGCAAAAGCCGAAGAAGCCGAAACAAGAUGUUAUAUUACCGGUUUCCGUUUUUCCAAUUUCGAGUGUUGAACCGAAAUCAUACAUGACAACAACGACAACGACGACGACAACAUCUUCCCUUCGUGCUGAAACGUGGUCACCUUUAGUUCCAGAUUUGAAGAGUCAACCAACUGAUAUCAAUGUACCGAUAACUAGUGGUUAAGAAAUACCAGUAUCGUAUUAUUGUUCGAUCGCAUCAACCACAUCGUCGUCGAGCUUCGAUUUGGGUAGGUGUUGUUCUUCGUUUUACGUUGAUUAACAACUGACUACUCUUUGUUACCAUUAGUAUCAAUUUUCAAUUUUUGUUCUUGUUUUGAUACGUUCGUUUAGUUUUAGGUCAUAAUCGUUUAGAUUGCAGCUAUGUCAUGUAAUGUAGAAUAUAGUUUAAUACAUCAUCAAAGUUCUAAAUCCAAUCUUUGAAUUUGAUUGAUUAA